UCUCCAAAACAAGUUGCAUUGCGCGUGCUACACUUGACUUUGAGGUAUAACGAGUAAGACACGCUAUAUGCGCACGCGAACAAAUGUGAAUCACUCUCGGCCAUCUCGAUAAUCCGUCGACAACGCGCAAAGGAUGUUGGAAGGUCCGCAAAUUCUUCCUCCGAAGACCGAGGCGAUCGAAUUAUCCAACAAGGAAAGGAAAUACCGCGACUCAGGCACGCGGCAGAAGGAUGCAGACGACAAAGUCAUCGUCAAGUUCCGCUGCGAUCUCUCGUCGACGCAGGGCGAGGUGAUGUUAGCGAGGGGUUGGAAGCAGAUAGUUGACCCCGUGGACGGCAGCUGGCACCUGUGGUGGUGCGAGACGGCCGAAGCGCGACGCGCGCUCGAGGAGCGGCGACUGUUGCUGCGCCAACGUGUGCCGCACUUCCGCAACCACUAUGAGCUCACGUGCAAGCACCGUCUAGGACGGAACCUCAAGCGUUACCGCCGGGCCCUCGCCGCGGCCGGCAAGGCCGCCGAGGCCCGUAUCUGCAGCGAAUCCGCGCCCGUGACCUUCGAACUGCCCGCCGAUUACCGGAUCUUCGUUGAGGAGUACCACAGACAACAAGGUGCUACAUGGAUAGUCAAGCCGGUAGCGCAGUCCCGUGGUAAGGGUAUUUUCUUGUUCAGAAAACUGAAGGAUUUGAUCGAGUGGAAAUCGAAGUCACAACAACAGGGAAGCCCAACCGAGAUUUACGUCGUUCAAAGAUACAUAGAUAAUCCUUAUCUCGUAGCGGGACGAAAAUUUGAUUUGCGUAUUUAUGUACUGGUGACGUCGUUUCAUCCUCUGAAAGUGUGGUUGGCUAGGGAAGGCUUCGCUCGACUGUGUGGCCGACUAUUUGAUCUGAAAAACAUCGAGGAUAGCAGGGUGCACUUGACGAAUACAGCGAUUCAACUGAAGGCUGUUCAGAAUAUCCAAGAUUCCCCGUCAAUGGCAGAUGAGAAGGAGACAAAAUUGAAUUGCAAGUGGGCUCUGAACAAACUUAAGGAAUAUCUGAUAACUUAUCACGGGACGCAAACGGUGGAAAAUUUGAUGCAACGUAUCGCAGGCGUCAUAAUGGCGAGUCUGCUGGCGGUGCAGCCGGUCAUGAUGCAAGAUCGGAACUGCUUCGAGCUCUACGGCUAUGAUGUGUUGCUCAGUGAUGACCUGCGGCCUUGGUUACUAGAGGUCAACGCCAGUCCGGCCUUAACAGGCACCGAUAAGGAAGAUUAUCGGUUAAAAUUUGACUUGGUCGAUGACGUGCUGAACGUCCUCGACUUUGAGGGUCGCUUCAGCGGUCGCGAGACCAGAAUCGGCGGGCUGGAUUUGCUGUGGGACGAUGGACCAGUUUGGACUACCUGCCCGUACCCCGAGCCUCACCACGAAGCGAUCCCCAACGACCUCAAGAGGCUCAAUAUCUUCCUCGGGACGAGCAACGAUCGUCAGACUCAGUUGUCGUUGUUGAGGGACCAGCUGACCGAGAAACGCAAGGCCGCACGAAGUUAUUCGACCGUUGUGCGAUAUUGUUUAAAAUAACGACGUAAACGCGUGUAAACGGCCUUACAAAAUACAUCGAGCGCUCGGCCGAGAUAAGAUAGCGCUUUUAGAAUUCUUCCUGGUGUCUUCAGAGCUCGGGAAAGGAGCAUUCUUUUCCUUCGCCGAGAUCGAGACUGAUAUCGAGCAGAUAAACGAUUUUCUGUCACAUACGGACGGGGUUUAGCGGCGGAGGCUGGUCAAUGCGGUGUGCACGAUGUGCACGAAUCGUCCGGCUAAAUUUAGUUUCGAAAGGAAACUGGAAGGCAAGAAAAAAUAACGACGAUGAGCGCGACAACGAGAUGAGCGACGUAAAAGCGAGAGUGCACCGGCUACAUUCUUUCGCAUGAGCGGCACACUUUUGUGGUUAAUUCUUCAAUGAACGUCACGCCGGAAUUCCGUGCGCGAAUUAUGCGAACGAUGUGCGACGUGCCAAGUUUCAACAUGAAGUCUUGGCGUUUACCAGGCUUUGCGUCUCUGUCGGGCUUAACACUUAUCAAAACUAGCUGGCCUCUUUAAUUGUUUCCAUCGUGUACAGAUAUGAUACGGUGUAAUGUGAUACGAUAUGACACACGAUAUGUCGAAGCACUAAAUAUAAUCAACAGUUAUAAUAUAGAUACACAUAUCCAGACACGAUGCAAGUGAUUACAAAGAUGGAUGACUUCGUCUGCUGAACAUUAAGACUUGAUUGAAGUGUAUUGUACACGGACCUAUGCAAAAUCGAUUGUCAAUUUUACAAAAUUAGGAGCAAACUAAAGUUUCGUUCACUCCUUGUGGAAACUCCGAGAUUUCCUCGCGUAUUGAACUGUGUCGCGUUCAUUGUUCUCGCGAUACCACGAGCUUUGCGAGUGUUAAGACUGAUGUUUAAGGGCUAAUCGAUUCCCAUGCGCGUACCACAUCGGGGAUGCCUUCUGAAGAGAGCUUCGAAAAAAGCAUCGUCAUUUUCGCGAAGUGCACUCUUCUUUCCUCCUCUUCCUCUAACUACUUACAAGUGCACAAAUCGCUCGAAAGACUGCCGUAAUCAAUACUCGUUGCAUCCUGAAGAUGCAUAGAAAAAAGAAAUAAUCGAGGAUAGGCCGUGAAAGCCGAUAUAUCCGGAUAAAACUUGCAUGAUACGGCGCGUAUACAAUGUAAGAGAGCGACGUAUAUGCAUGAAAACGGCAUAACGAAAGGAAAAGAGAAAUAAACGAGUCGAUAACGUUUGAUCGUGUUGUAGAGACGCAUUGCGUUACGUAUGGAACACUAAUCGUACACGAUGAACUAUGAUUCAUGCAACGCGCGUGAGUAUAUGUCUAUUUCCAUCGAUAAUUAUUCAUUCUACGUGCAAUUUUAUUCCAAAUAUUACUAAUUGCAAAAAAUCUGUUUUCCAGUCGUAUUUCUCAAAAUUUGAAGA